AUGGAAGAAACGGAAAAUACAUACGCGAUUCAUGAAGCGGCGAGGGAGGGAAAGACCAAAGUAAUCGAAUCCCUCCUGAACGCCAAUCCCAAACUCGCCACAAGAACGGAUCAAGACGACCGCCUCGCCAUCCACUGGGCCUGCGCCUUCAACCACCUGGACAUCGUCAAACUACUCACGUCGACCCGCUCCUUCGAUCCAGACGCACAGGACAGUUCAGGCUGGACCCCUCUCAUGAUCGCCUCCAGCCUGAAGGAUAACGGUGGUGAAGCAGUAAUUGAACUAUUACUAUCGAAGGAGGCAGACGCGAAAAUUUCCACCAACACCGGUGCCACGGCGCUGCAUUUUGCCGUGUCAAAAGGGAACCUCGAAGUGUGCAAGACGUUGUUGAAACACGGGGCCUCAGCCCGGGCGAAGGAUAAACGAGGACAACUGCCUAUUCAUCGCGCUGCGGCUGUCGGGAGUGUGCCAAUAGUUAAAUUAUUGAUCGAGAAUAAAAGUCCUGUCAACGCUACGGAUAUGGAUGGGAUGACGGCCUUGCACCACGCAAUCAGCGAAGGGAAUGGAGAUGUGGCUGUUGAAUUAUUGAAAGCUGGUGCGGAGACGGACAAAAAGGACAACGACGGAAGACUUGCGAUGGAAGGUGCGCCGGACAGUAAAGUUCGAUCGUACAUUAUGAAAGCAGCUGAAAGAGAAGGCAUUGAUUUUGAGUGA